AAAGAACCCUCCAACCCAAAUGAACAAUGAAUCGAACCAGACAACCAAACCCCAACAUCCCCCACCCAUCCACCUUCCUCUGGGCCCACGAGCUCCGACGCGAAAACAUUCAACUCGUGAACCAACUCAACAGCGUCAGAUCCGACCUCGCUGCUGCCAAAGAUACCAUAGCGAAUCUGAAUUACAGACUUGAGAGUCUAGAUCUACGAGCACGCGAGGAAAAUAUCAGAUUGGAGAACAGCCUGAAGGAACUAGAAGUUCGAUUCGACACUAAUCUACGAACUGGUAUUGAGCGGGUUGAGGAACUUGAGAAUGAUAAUCGCCAGCUACGGGGUAGGGUUGAUUGUUUGGAGAGGCGUGCUCGUGAACAAGAGAGAAUGGAGGAGGGUAUUCGCGUGAGGGUGCUGGAUGAGGUGAGAGAGAUGUUGAUGGAACGGGGAGGUAGUGGAGUGAAGGUGGGGAUGGGAUUGGGAAUGGAGAGAGGGGAUGUUGUCAAGGCUUGUUCUGCUGGGUCUGAUGUUCUUGUUCCGGAUUCGAUACCUAUGGGUUCGGUUCCUGGUGUUGAUGUUGGUGGGAGGAGUGGGUUGUCGUCCACGCUUUCUGAUACUACGUGGGGGACACCUUCUUUGGUGGGUGAGGAGAAGACUGAGGAAGUUGGGACGGAGUUGGAGGGUGUUAUGAAGCAGGGUGGGAGAUCGUUGGCUGAUUAUUUGGCUGCUGCUGAGGGGAUGAGAUGCGGAUUGCAGGCACAGAGGGAUGAAGGUGAGGUUGUCAGGGCGGUUGUGCGAGGUCUUGAUGACUCUGGUAUCCGGGCUUUGAUCGAGGAAGAGAUGAACAACGCUGGCUGGUCUUGGAGUGAUUUGAGGGACGCCAUGUUGAAGGUUAUUGAGGACAGGAAACCUCCUAUACGGGUGCCAGUCAAGGAAAGCGAAACGCUUAAUGGAAAUGUCAAACUCGAGUCGACAAAUGCUCCGGAAGUCCAGCGCAAAAGGCCGAGAACGAGAAGGUCCAUACCCAUUGUACCAGCUGAUGAAGAGGAUGAACGCUUUGUUAUGGAGAUGUACCGCCGUUGA